GAAGGCAAUAAGAAUUAUCGAAGACAGAAAGAACAAUAGUUUUUCUUUUUCGGGUAGCAUUUGUAUUGUUCUGAUCAUGGACGCGAGAACAGUGGAAAAAAAUUUUUUAAAAGUCAAUAAAAUAUUUGGAUUAAUAACCGGUGUAUGGCCGUACCAGAAUUAUCGCAUGAAAAUGGCGGAACGAUUCUUAAGUGUCACGGUGAUGAUGAGUGGUUUCGUAACGCAGUUUGCAUAUCUUGUAUUGAAUCCCACUAUAGACAAAGCAGCAACGAACUUACCUUAUUCUAUAGCAUCGUUUGGAACAUUUGUAAAAAUGGGUAAUUACUUUUUGGAUGAAACUAAGUUGAUAACAAUAUUGAAUCACAUAUUCGAAGAUUGGGCGGCGAUAAAAACCAAAGAAGAAUACGAGAUUAUGUACAAAUACUCACGAAGAGGAUUGUUCAUCACGAUAAGUUAUUUUCUGCACAUUGGUAUUACUGAAACAUUUAUGCUUAUGUGGCCCAUGGUACCGCCCAUUCUGGACAUCAUCAUGCCAUUAAACGUGUCACGGAAACGUAUACUCUUGUACCCGGCUUAUUUCUGGUUGGACGACGAAAAGUACUACGUGCUUUUACUAGGACACAUGAUAAUCACCAUACUUAUGAUCUGCUUUAUAUUUUGCGCCUGCGAUAUGAACUAUGUGUAUGCUGUGCAGCAUGCAUGCGGUUUGCUGGCAAUCGCGAAAUAUCGGUUUAAAAAUGUAUGCAAAGAUUUGAACGACAAAGAAGAUCAUGCGAUGCCGUUAGAGAAAAUCAAGUAUAAGAGUAUAUGCGAAUCGAUCAAGGCGCAUCAACACGCUUUGAAAUACCUGAGGCUAAUCGAAAAUAGUUAUCAUACGUAUUUAUUCGUUUCUAUGGGGUUGCUGAUAAUGGCUAUUAGCGUGUCGUUAUUAGAGGUGGCAAAUGGCAAAAAUGGUUCGAGAAAAUUAGUGCAAGCUACAUUUUUGUUCGCUCAAUUAUUCCACACGUUCAUUCUCACCGUGCAAGGGCAGUUCGUGAUAAACGAAUUACAAGAUGUUUACGAGUCUAUAUACGAAUCGCCAUGGUACACUUUUUCACCUAGAAUUCGAUCGUUAUACGUAUUGUCGUUGAGAAGUUGCCUAAAUUUUCCCAUAUUAACAGCCGGUGGUCUGAUCGUAUUGAAUUUGCAAUCUUUCGCAGAGAUAAUCAAAGCAGCUGUUUCCUAUUAUACACGGCUUCUUCCUCCAUGCUUCACUCGGCUCAGUCUAGAUUCUACCAUGGAUUUGGAUAUGUUGGAGAAGCGAUUCCUAAAGAUCACGAAAAGAUUCGCGAAGUUAGGCGGUAUUUGGCCCGAUCAAAAUAAAUAUCUCAAAUGCAUUUCGUGGAUUUUUAUAUACGUUAUUAAUAUACCUUCUGUUGUUGUGCAGGUAGCAAGGAUUGUACAUAUGUCUACUAUAAACGUGAUAGUAGAGCAAUCAAGUAUAGCAACUGCGAUAUUCCUGUUGCUAUUAAAAGAGACUAAUUAUAUUUUGAAUGCAACGAAGGUUAAAUCUUUGUUCAACGAUAUGUACAUAGAUUGGACAAUGGACCGACCGAAAGAGGAAAUUGAGAUUAUGUCAACAUAUGCCCAAAGAGGAUCUUUUCUUGCAACGUUCUAUUUUUUAAACUCAUUCUUUUGCGCACUUUUAUUCUUGCAAGUGCCAUGGACAGCUCGUUUGUCGUACAUGAUAAAAUCACAAAACACGUCCCCGCCUAUGUUAAACGUCGUACCGGGUUACUAUUUCGUCGAGGAUGAUCACGACUAUUAUUACUUCAUCCAACUGCACAUGAGCCUUUCGAUAAUCACAGUGCUCAUCGUGUACGUCGGAUAUGACACUUGUUACAUGGUGUUCGUGCAGCAUGUUUGCGGAUUGUUUGCCGUGGCCGGAUAUCGCUUCAAACACGCGAUCGAUGAUUCUGCUUCGAAGAAUUCCGAAGAAAAGACAGAGAUGUGUAAAAGAAUACGUUCUUCUAUUCAAGGACACGAACAAGCUAUAAAGUAUUUAAAGAAAAUCGAGGAUGCACAUGUUAAUUUACUUUUUAUAUCUUUGGGUCUGAUAAUCAUAUGUUUUAGUAUCACGUUGCUGAAGGUCGUUACGAUGGACUAUUGUUUGGAUUUUUAUAAAUAUUUCAGCUUUUUAAUGAUUCAAUUGAUACAUUUGUGCUACGUGAUGAUUCAAGGACAAUUCGUGAUAGAUUCGUGCAACGAGAUUUACUGUUCAAUAUACGAAGCGUCAUGGUACGAUAUCAGUCCAAAAAUACAAGCGUUAUACAUAUUAGCACUGCGAAGAAGUCUAACUCCACCUCGUUUAACCGCUGGUGGUUUAAUAGAAUUGAAUAUGCAAACUUUCUUAGAAGUAAUAAAACUAUCUGUUUCGUAUUAUACAGUAUUAAGAUCGACGUAAA